AUGGCGCCCAAACAAAGCCAUUUUUCCAUUUCCUUCCGCCUCUACCAAAAUGGCGUCCCAUUGGAAGCAGUGCUGGAGAUCCUACAAGGGACUCAAGUGAAACCACGCAAGUUUGCAGAAACUGUGGAGCUGCUGAUCAGCCUGAAAAACUAUGACCCGCAGAAGGACAAACAUUUCUGGCACAGUCAGGCUUGGCACCUCUCUGAUUCCACCCAGCUCAAGUCCUUCCUGUGUCCUAAAUUCUCAGCCUGUGUGCUGGGGGUCGAGCAACAUGAUGAGGCCAAAGCAGUCAAAAUCCCUCAUGUGGACAUCAAGGCUCUGAAGAAACUCAAGAACAAGAAGCUAGUGAAAAAGGUGACUAAGUAGUACAAUGCCUCUCUGGCUUCCCUGAUCAAACAGAUUCCUCUUACCUUGGGUCAGGGUCUGAACAAAGCCGACAAGAUCCCCUCCCUUUUCGCUCACAAUGAAAACAUGGUGGCCAAAGUCAGUGAAGUCCAGUCUAUCAUCAAAUUUCAAAUGAAAAAGGUGCUUUGUCUGGCAGUGGCUGUUGGCCAUGUAAAAAUGACGGAAGAUGAGCUAGUCUACAACUUUCACCUGGCCAUCAACUUCCUGGUGUUCUUGCUGAAGAACUGUCAGAAUGUGCAGUUGUACAUCAAGAGCACCAUGGGAAAACCACAGCGCCUCUACUAA